UGUGCCUGAGUUCUUCUUCCUGCCUUUUAAUUCUUUAAUUGGUGGAGAAUGAACACAAUCAAGACCCCAAGACAGUAAUGGUACCGUAAUCCACUUCACACCUGCCACUGUCCUGGAUUAAGGCUCCCUCCAGCCUUAAGAUUCUGCCCUGGCUGCCCUUCAUGAUGGACUAUACCCAGUAAGAAGCCGAAUCCCGGAGCUAUGUCUGAAAAGCAAAGCCCCAAGACCUCUGAAGCAGAAUGCAGUGCAAUGGACUUGCCAGAAUUCGAGGAUGAAGAAAACUGGCUUUUCAAAGUUCUGGGAUUCCAGCCUGGGCCGUCCUCUGCUCUGGAUGAUGACACCGACGAUCAGGCAGAUGAGCCACUGAGCGCUGCCGAAUUUCUUCACCUGCAAGAUAUUCUUCAGGAGGACAGAGUCAGCAGUACCGAUGAUGAGGACACUUGCCAAGCUGGAUGUACUGAAGAUGAUGAAACCAGUCACAGUGACAGAGACAUAGACAAUAAUGUGAAAGUCAUCACUGGCAACAUUAAAGCAAGCCCCUCCAUGUAUAUGGAGAUGUUCACUGAUCAGAACCCACAAGCUGACCAAGACCUGGAAGAAACUGAAUCAGAUGGUGCCAUGAACCCAACUGAUUAAGCAGGCAGGCAGAAACGUGUCACCAUCAGCUACCAUUGUGCCCUCAUGCAUAAAUGAAGUCCUGAUGGAAAACAGACAAACAAACAAACAAACAAACAUCUCUACACACUAAGCCGAAAACAAAUCUAUACCAAACUGCUAAAAUAAAUGGAAAAUACUUAAUUUGAGCCUGGCUGUUUUGAAAAUUGGAAAUCCUUCUUCAAAAUGAAAAUCACCGCAAAACAAUCUAAAGUCAUCUACAGGCCAACUAGGGUGUUUGUUGCUUGCCAAACUUCCAAUAAAUUCUGCUUGAAACCUU